AUGGGAGAGUUUGAAGAACAUGCAUUGGAUAGACCAGAAGAACGGGAAACUGAAGAUGGCAGUCCAGGUGAACGGGAAAUCGACGAUUGCACUCCAGGUACAUCACACGUAGUGCCAUCGUCGAAAGGUGAUGAUAUGAUUGAGGAGCCAAAGUCAGGCAUGGAGUUCAAUUCGUUUGAAGAUUUGUUUAGGUAUUAUAAGCAUUACGUUAAGAAAUGCGGUUUUGGGGUGAUGACACAAAGGAGUGAGAGGUCAGAGGAUCAAAGUGUCAGAUAUGUUACUCUUGGUUGUGCACGGGGAGGGAAGGCACGGGUUAAGACAUCCAAUGUUGCCAACCCACGUCCGACGGGAAAGACAGAUUGCAAGGCAAGGAUAAAUGCCUUGAGAGUCGAUGGAAAGAUGCAGUUGACAACAGUCAAUAAUUCACAUAAUCAUGUUAUCAGCCCACAGAAAUCUCGCUUCUAUCGAUGUAACAGAGAAGUGAGUGAGAGAGUUAAAAGAGUCCUUGACACCAAUGACUUAGCAGGUAUCCGAUUGAACAAGAGUUACGGAUCUCUUGUAGUUGGUGCAGGUGGCUUUGAGAACCUGCCAUUUCUGGAAAAGGAUUGUCGCAAUUACAUCGACAAAGCCCGUCAUCUACGACUUGGUGCAGGUGGUGCUGGAGCACUUCGUGAUUAUUUCUUAAGGAUGCAGUACAAGAAUAACGGAUUUUUUGCAUUGAUGGAUUUAGACGAUGACGGGAGGUUAAAAAAUGUUUUUUGGGCAGAUCCACGUAGUCGGGCAGCCUAUAAGUAUUUUGGUGAUGUCUCGAUUCUUUUGGGGGCUGGGUUGAUUUCCAAUGAGGACACGGAGACCUUUACAUGGCUAUUCCAAACCUGGUUGCAAUGUAUGGACGGAGUAGCUCCAAAGGCGAUAAUUACUGAUCAAGACAGAGCAAUGAAAAAUGCAAUUGCUAUUGUCUUCCCGGAAACUCGACAUAGAUUUUGCCUAUGGCAUAUACUGAAGAAGGCACCUGAGAAGCUUGGGGCAUAUGCUGCAUAUAAAAGCGGGUUGAAAACUGAGUUGAUGAAAUGUGUAUACGACACACAAACUAUUGAGGAGUUUGAAAAAUGUUGGGCCGUGUUUAUUAAUACAUACGACUUACAUGAGAAUGUGUGGUUGAAAAGUUUAUAUUUGGAGCGUGCGCAUUGGGUACCGGUUUUUCUAAAAGAGCACUUUUGGGUGGGAAUGAGUACCAUUCAGCGUAGCGAGAGUAUGAAUGCUUUCUUUGAUGGUUAUGUCCAUUCAAAAACAAAUCUGAAAGAGUUUGUCGACCAGUUCGACAAUGCACUAAAAAGGAAAAUUGAGAAUGAAAAUCAAGCAGAGUUUCUUUCCUUUAGUGGCACCAUUCCCUGCGUAUCUAGAUCGCCAAUUGAAAAGAAAUUUCAAUUGUUGUACACAAAUGCAAAAUUUAAGGAAGUUCAACAGCAAGUAAUCGGUGUGCUUGAUUUGGAUCCAACUUUACAGACAAUGGAUGGUGUAAUGAAGAGUUAUUUGGUAGAAGAUGAAGUUCGUAUUCAGGAGUUCACAAAACAGGUUACAUAUUUUGUGGAUUUUAAUGUCGAUGACUGUAAUGCAAAGUGUUCAUGUGGUUUAUUUCAGAUGAGGGGGAUACUGUGUAGGCAUAUUUUGUCUAUAUUCAAAUCAAACGGUAUAAAAUCGUUGCCAGAUCGGUACAUUUUAGACCGAUGGCGGAAGGACAUCAAGAGAAGAUACACUUUAAUCCGAUCUAGCUACGAUGCCGGGGAUGAAAGGCCAAAUGGUAAUAGACAAUCCAUUCUUCUGAAUAUGUGUUAUGAGAUGAUAGAUUAUGCGGUGAAAUCUGAGAAGGACUUUGACGAUGCAAAGAAGAAGAUACAAGAGAUGACUGGAUUAUAUCUUUCGGAACCUGGGGUUACAAUACUAGAUGGGGCUGUAGUUGGUAGCUCACAACAAGUCAAGAGUCCACUUGUUGUCAGAGGAAAAGGAAGACAUCCGUCUCUUAGACGAGCAUCCAGGAUGGAGACAGAAAUGCGGAAGGUUAAAGCCAAACAGAAGAAAGCACAAGUGGUUCAAAAACGCAAACAGCGAGAUGAAGGAGAUACAGUACCUAUGGGCACAAAACGGAGUUUAUUUGGGCCAUCAGAAGCAGAUGCAUAUUCCAACCACAGACAAUUUACGGUUAUGGACAGUAGUGGGACCACGCAACGUGUUCAGUCGUGGUAUUUUGGUAGUCAAGGAAGUGUUCAUCCUAUGGUUGGUAGUCAAGGAAGUGUUCAUCAUAUGGUUGGUAGUCAAGAAAGUGUUCAUCCUAUGGUUGGUAGUCAAGAAAGUGUUCAUCAUAUGGUUGAGAAGGCGAGAGGGUCUCGACCAUUAACUGGUUCAACAGGAUUUGGGGUUCCAAUCACAGAGAGGGAGAGAGGGUUUCGAGGGUCUCGUGAUGAAACUGGUUCUGAGAUGGAUUUGGGGUUUCAAUCGCAGAGAGGGAGAGAGGGUUUCGAGGGUCUCGUGAUGAAACUGGUUCUGAGAUGGAUUUGGGGUUCCAAUCGCAGAGAGGGAGAGAGGGUUUCGAUGGAUUGCAAGAUGAAACUGGUUCUGAGAUGGAUUUGCGAUUGGAUUUGGGGUUCCAAUACCAGAGAGGGUUUCGAGGGUCUCGAGAGUGGAUCGAGAGAGGAGAAGCAGAGAGUAAAGAGAGAGACUUAG